GAAAGCCUGCAGUUUCCCUUCCCGAAGAGACUGAGGAAGCUUAUCAGUGGAACACUCAUCCUGCCUAUUCAUCCUUUUUCUUGUAAGUCCUGAUCACUGCCUCUGGGAGGCAAGCGCAAGGAGGAGAAAAAGGGUGAGUCCGAGAACAGCCACCUGUAUUCCUGCACAUUCCUGGGUGCUUCCCAGCUCUCCCAACGUGCCCUGACUUGAGGCUGGAGGGAGUGGUGGAGAGCACGGCGAAUCCAGCCAACCACUCCCGCGUCAGGCAGUCCCAGCCCUAUGCCUCAAGGCUCCUCUAUUACUCAGCUGCUCCAGUCUAGUCUCCACCAAGACUGACAGACACUUUCCUCCCCAGAGAGACCAUGGAGUAAAUGGGUUAGUGGAAGACGGGACCCACCAGCUGGUCUUGGAGGCAUCUCAAUGGCGGAGACUCCUCUCACCCCACCUCAUAUCAGCAUGAACCAGUGCCUCCAUACUGCUGGCAACAUCACCCUCCUGAACUUCACAACUUCCAGAGUAGCAGGGACAAUAUUCCUCCUUCUAGCUGCUCUCAUUGGCUUGCCAGGAAAUUUUUUUGUCGUUUGGAGUAUCCUGUGGAAAAUGAAGCCCAGCCGUCGCUCUGUCACCUGCCUCCUUGUCCUCAAUUUGGCCUUGGCUGACAGCAUUGUCCUGCUCCUCACGCCUUUCUUCAUCCUCUUCCUCAUCUUUGAGGGCUGGUUCUUUGGAGAACACAUCUGCAAGGGCGUCUACUACCUUUGUUGUAUCAACAUGUACACUAGCAUCUUUAUUAUCACCCUCAUGAGCGUAGACCGGUGCUUGGCUGUCUACCGGCCUUACCUCUCUCAAGCCAUCCGCAAGAAGCACCUGGUGGUGAAAAUAUUGGCUGUCAUUUGGUUAGUGGCCAUCUUGUUGGCAGUCCCAGCCUUCAUCUACCGUCGGGUAGUGGAGUAUAAGUCCUGGAAUCGGUACACUUGUGAGCCCUGCCAUGCCAAGCCAGCAUUGGCCAUCUUCCACUUCACCAUGGAGACCACAGUGGCCUUUUUGGUCCCCUAUGGCAUCAUCAUAGGGUGCUAUUCUGCCAUCUUGGUGAAAGUCCAGGGAAGACAAUGGAAACGCCGAGGUGCUCGGACAGAAAAGCUCAUUGCUGCCAUUGUGAUUUGUUUCACUGUCCUUUGGGUGCCCUACCACGUGGUCAACAUCCUGCAGGUGGCCUCGAACUUGACCUCUGGGGAGGCAGCAGAGAGGCUGACCAAUGCCUGGAAGUCUGGAAGGGUAGGGGCCACAGCACUGGCUUUCCUUAGCAGCAGCAUCAAUCCUGUCCUCUAUGUCUUUGCUGCCGGAGACCUAAUUAAGACCUCAGGAGCCAAGUUCAUUGCUCAGUUCUUUGAGGGAGCCUCUGGGGAGAUGAACAAGAAAUCCCAGUCCCAGAGGGACCUGGAUAAGGACCUGGUAGUGGGGGAAGAGGGCAUGUUGAUGGGGAAAGUGGAGGCAGGAGCCCAGAGGACACAGCAAGAUGGAGCUGUGGGUCAGGCUUCACCCCUUGGGUGAUGUCUCUACCAAGCUUUAUGCACUUAGUCCCAUGUGCAGGUAUUUUUUAAUUGCCAGACUCCAUCUGUCAUGGACAUUUUCUGUUUAAGGGUGCAUUUUCUCAAACUCUGGUACUAAUGGAGGCUUCCCCUUUAAGAGUACAGGUUCUGACUGCCAUAUUCUGGUCCUUACAGUGACUUCACCUUUAAGAGCAGACUCUUUAUUGCCAUGCUGUGACUCGCAUAGAGAUUUCCCCUUUUUAAGAGAAGAGGUUUGUACUGCCAGAAUCUAAUCUUCAUGGACACUUUUUUUUCUUUAACUUACUCCUAAAGGGAAGGUAAUCACUGCUAAAUACGGAUGCCUUCCAGCAUCAUGCUGCCUGUUAAAAUGCAGUGUUUACCCACAGUACUGCACAGACACUUUUUCUUGAAAGAUGAAGUUUCUUGCUGCCAGAUGGUCCUCAUGGACACAUUCCCUUUAAGAAAACUAAAUUUUACUGUAAAGCUAAAUUUUGUGGGCUUUUCCCCUUUAAUAUCCUCUUAAAGGGGAGUUUUCUGAUAUUAUCACUCCGCUACCUGUAUUAAUGGCAGCAGAUCCCUCUGGUCAUAUGUGGGAGAAGCAGGAGAGGAUGAUGUGUAGUAGGCCUAUCCGUGAGUAAGCUUCUCUUUUUCAGAGUGGCACCUCCGUUUUCCAUAAUAUACUUUGUCUCCUUAAGCUCCAUAGAUUUCUUCUCAUUGUGAAGAGGGUUCGUUUGGAGGCCUAAUUACACCUGGGGUCUGUACAACACCUGGCAUGAUAGGGGAGCUGGAUCAUGAUUAGGAUCCCUACAAAAGUUAUACAAAACCUAUAACUCAUGCCUCUGAUAUUAGCUGACUGGGAAAAUCUACACAGGAUGUAGAUCCUGCACGGUAGAUUAAUUAGCUGCAUAGUAAACAUCUUGGCAUAUACAUGUGCAACCCUAUUAGGCUGGAGUAAACUAAUUUCCUCUGCAGCAGAUUAGCACUUGUAAAUACGAGUACUAUGCUGUGGCAGAGUAAAAAAAUUCACAGGACUGGAUGCUGCCUGGGGCAUGAGGGUGCUUCAGUGUGGGGGAUGCCUAUAGGUUAGCCCUAUGCUAAACAGGGCAGAUUAACCCUUUAGUGGUCCUUGGGCGAAGAAACUUGUGGGCCCCGGGCUGGUCAAGACCUCUCUCCCAACCCUGGUACUGCUGCCUGUGGGGAGUGCAGCUCAGAACCACCUCUAGGAAGCGGCCACCACUGUGGCAAGGCCAGCAGAGGGGAGGGGAGGGGAAGGGAAGGGACAGGAGGCGGAUUGGGUCAUUUGUGCCACCACCACGGAGGGAAGGACCCUAGGCAUGUUCCUAGUUUGCCUAUUCAUUAAUCCGGCCCUGACGCUGAAGCACCCAUGUGCCCCGGCCAGCCCUUCCACAGAGGGUUGAGCCAAGCGGAGCAGCCCCAGGCUGGCAGGCUGACCCCUCAGGCUUCCUGCCAGCUGAGGCUGCUUUGACCCGGCUCAACAUGCUGCAAUCCUGGAUGCAUGUUCAAAUGACAAUAAACGCUGGAAUUUAUUGCUUCGGAGUUUAUUGCUCCCAAGUGCAUGUUCAAAUGGCACACACAGGAACAAUACACUCCAGAGCAAUCAACUCUGGAGUUUAUUGCUUUGCAUUAAUUGCAUGUGUAAACGUGCCUUAUGCCAUCCAUAUUGUUACAUGGCGUGACCUACCCAUCUCUCCCAGCUACACUACGGAACUUCAGCCCAAUGGUUCGCACAGCAUUUCACAGAUCCUUUCAGUAUUACAUUUUUAGGUUUCAUUUUAUUAGAGAUCACUUUAAUUUGAAUGUUUAGAAACAGGUACAUAGACUGUAUGCAUGAGGAUGGAUGGAAGGACAGACAGAUAUUGAGACUCUCCUGGUAUUAUUAGCCCAUCAAUGUAUUCUACUGAAAUAUUUGCAAUAAACAGUUUUAUAAAGUACCUUGGAAGGGGUGAAAAUUCAUUCCUCAAUCAGGUGUACCCGCACCAUUUUAGAAAAUCAAU